UGUUUCCUUUAUUGCCUUUCUGUAUUUUUACUGCCGUUCCCUUAUCUGCUUACUUUUUGUGAAGCACUAUGUCCGUCCAUUUGCGGGAGAAGAAAAAUGCAAAAAGGUUUACGUUUUUAUGCUAGACGGGCAUUUUGGUUGAUUUGCCUUUUCUUUAUUUGUUCAAUGUUUUAUAUGACUUCGAGGCAUGGGCCCGAAACUAACGAGAUCGGAUUAAAAGAUCAGGAUGAAAUGUUGAUAGCGGAAUACAAGGCUAGACAAGAUUGGCGGAAAUUCCGACCUGCUGAUCAACAACAAAAUCAUAAUCUGGUCGAGAAUAGGCCUGGUGAGCAAUUAUCUUUUCAACCCCAAGUACCGCCCAACAUGAAUUCAAAAUCAGUUCUUUUCUCUGAUUUAAAUAUUGUUCGGUCAGUUGACAAAGUUUUAGCAUCAAAAAUACAAAACUAUAUGGUUCAACUUCCUCACAAACUUGAUGAAGGAGGAUGCAUGAAAAAUACUACCUUGGCUAAAUAUUGGCUUGAAACACAUAGGAGGGUUGUUCCAGUUGAGGAUAGCUGGGAACGUUUUUAUGCGGGUAUUAGCAGUUGUGAACUUUACAAUGAUGAUAAAUUGGUGGACAAAUUGUUAUCAGAUAUGAGUAAAUUAAGAAUAAAACAUACAGCAAUAAUGGAGGGUGGAACACAAGUUAAGCUUGUUCUGACGUUUGAAAACGAUAAGCAGGCGGUGUUCAAACCAAUGAGAUUUGGUCGAGAUUAUGAGACUGAUCCAAAUCAUUUUUAUUUCGGUGAUUUUGAACGGCAUAAUGCAGAAAUUGCUACAUUUCACUUAGAUAAGAUUCUUGGUUAUCGACGAGCGGUACCUACAGUUGGCCGUGUAGUAAACAUGACUAGCGAACUUAUGGAAGUUGCAGAACGUAGAUUGAGGAAAACAUUUUUUAUAUCGCCAGCAAAGAAUCGUUGUUUUGCAAUAUGCGGCUCUCCAGAUUUAAAAGAAGGCUCCGUUCAAGUAUUUCUUCCUGACGAUACAAGUGUUCCAAGAAAACAUAAUAAAUCUCCUUAUAGAAGAACUUAUUCAAAAAAGAAUCAAUUGGCUGAUUGGCAAGAAGACAUGGAUUAUUGCGAACGAAAAGUAAAGCACAUGCGUCAAUAUGCACAUGGAAGACGGCUUCUUGAUCUUAUCGACUUACAUUUAAUGGACUAUUUAAUUGGAAAUCAGGACAGGCAUCACUACGAGACCUUUGAUGUUUUUGGUGAUAUACCAGCUUAUGCCAUUCACUUGGACAACGGACGCUCUUUUGGUAAAACGAAUUUUGAUGAUGCCGACAUUUUAAUGCCUUUGCGUCAGUGUUGUUUAAUAAAGCCUAAAACAUUGUCCACUCUAUUUGGAUACUAUACUGCUGAUAAAGGACUUUCUGAGACUUUGCACGAGUAUGAUUUAAAUUUUUCAAGAAUUAUAAAACAUUUUAGAUCGCUUUCCAAGGACCCAGCUUUUCCCAUACUUGCCUUUAAACACUAUACAGCAUUGGAGAGGCGUCUUCACAAAAUGAUGGAAUACAUUCUUGAAUGUAUGGACAAACAAAGCGAUAUUACUAAUAUGGUGCGUAACGAGUUUCACAACCCUUCGGUGCCAGCUCCUAUUCCUGGGGAAAAUUUGGAGAGUGAAGACGAGGAUGAGGAUGAUACGGCUAACCAACAGAAUGAAGUACAACCCAAUCCAAAACAGCCCGCUCCGCCUGAACAACAACAGCUAGAUGAUAAAGAGGAGGAAAACGCUCGUAACGUUCUUAAACCUCCUUUACGUCAAAAAAAGGAUGAAGGCAAUGAUGUUCAGAUGCCCGCAAUUAUUCAACCUCCCCCGGCCGCCUAA